AUGUUGUCUAUUUCCGACAAUCCAGCCGCCUCCAGCGCCAGCGGCUUCGCAUCUCUGCUUCAAACUCUUGGACUUAUGCAAGGGUCCUUCAAGCCCUCUCCAGCCUUAAAUGAAUCCUCUAAAUCCUUCAACCAGUCCUCUCCAGACCCCAUGAACAGCGCAAGCAACAGCACUAGCGGACCUAUGUUUCAGGCGGUAGAUUUCAGUGCUCAAACGGCCUUCUCUGACAACGGCGCGUGCAAUGUCGAACCUUACACAACCCCGAACUACGCUGUUACACCCUUCCCGCCCUAUGAUCCCAUUGAGGCGACGGUCUACCGCUAUCGACAACAGCAGUCCGUCAACCUUGGCUCCUGGUUCGUUCACGAACAAUGGAUGACCCCUUCUGUGUUCUCUUGUGCGUCUGGCAAACGAAUAUCAGAACUCGACAUCGCUAGCGGUUGGGGCUCACACGAUAACGCUCGCGCCGUACUCGAACGACACUGGGAUACCUUCAUCACUCAAAGCGACUUUCAGUACCUCGCCAAUAUCGGAAUCAACACCGUCCGCCUUCCCAUCGGUUAUUGGAGUCUUGGUCCUGGAUUUUGCGCGGGCACGCCCUUCGAAUCUGUGGCGGAUGUCUACCGAAAUGCAUGGCCACAAGUCAUACGUGCCAUCAACAUGGCUGGACAAGCCGGCAUCGGUGUUCUCGUCGACCUUCACGGUGCUCCUGGCAGCCAAAACGGUCAACCUCAUUCUGGAAUCUCAGAUGGCGCCACCAAUCUCUUUACCGACCCUUCGGAUCAAGACAAAACUGUCUCUGCGCUCGUUUGGUUGGCUCAACAGCUCGUCCAUGUCACGAACGUCGUCGGCAUCCAGAUGCUGAAUGAGCCCCAAAACGCACCCAACCUUUCCGAUUUCUAUACACGAGCUCUAGAUGCUAUGCGAGGAACCUCGCCCGAAGCUGCCUCCUUUCCUUUCUAUCUUCAUGACGGCUUUGACCUCAAUCGAUUUGCCGAUUUCAUUGGCGGGCGUACCGACUUCGUCGUGCAGGACUAUCAUUCUUACUACGUCUUCACACCUCAAGACGACCGUGAGGCUGCCCACGAUCACACGGCGGAUAUUCAAGGUUACAUUGCGAACAACCUUGGCCAAGCAUCCCAGCGAGAACGCCGCAACCUGGUCAUUGACGAGUGGUCUUGUGCCCUAACGCCAGACAGUAUGGCUCAAGAGGAAAAUCCCGAAGAUGCACAGAAACAAUUCUGUACGGAUCAAAUGUACAUGUACACAAAUGCGACCGCGGGAUGGAGUUUUUGGGCUUUCAGAAAGGAAGCAUGCAAUGAUGAUCCUGGCUGGUGCUUCACGGCCGCCGUAGGCCGCACCCUUCCUUCCACGUUCUUCUCCUACGGCCCAGGAUCUUUCGCUACCCCCGCGCAACUCCAAGAGAUCGCUGCCCUCGUUGCCGGCUCCGUCACCUCCACUUCUCCUUCGCCGCCAGCCAAACGGGAUCCAGGUCUCCAGGCCGCCUUUGCUGUACCCCCCGACUCCACUGAGUCAACAGACGCUGCCGCGUUGGCCUCCUCGUCGGAUUCGCUUCACAAACGCUCUCCAGAGUUUCAAGCCGCCUUCGCUGUACCUGCAUCGACCGAGACCGCUUUUUCUCCUCCACAUAAGCGCGAUGGAGUACCUGAUCUUGCCAGCUCUCAAGCGUCGACCAAUAAGGGAUAUUCUGACGGGUGGUUGACUGCGCAGAUCUUCGCCACCCACGGGCUUUCUCGGCUUGGAUUCAUUGGGCAGUAUAUAACGGAUAGCAUUGUGAAGUUGGGCCCUACAGUGAUCGCAUCCGGGACGGAAGACUUUUAUAAGGAUUGGUUUUUGAAGGGGUUGUGCGAUGGCGAGAACGCCGUCAGAGGGGUUAUCCAGAUUGGAGGCUGA